AUGGCCCAACAGACUGAGCAAAGUGAACAUCGCAGUCUCUACCCACCUACUGAGCCUUAUGAGACAGGAUUCCUCAAAGUAACUGACAUACACACUCUGUAUUAUGAGCAAUCAGGGAAUGCUGCUGGGAACCCUGUCUUGUUUGUGCAUGGUGGACCAGGAGGUGGUACCUCACCAAAGGACCGCUGCUUCUUUGACCCUGCUGUCUACCGCAUCAUUUUGUUUGAUCAGAGAGGCAGUGGAAAGUCCACCCCUGCAGCAGAGUUAAAGGAAAAUACGACAUGGAACUUAGUAGAAGACAUAGAGACACUACGGAAACAACUGGGAGUAGAGAAAUGGGUGGUGUUUGGUGGGAGCUGGGGCUCAACUCUGGCGUUAACUUAUGCUGAGAGUCAUCCUAGCAGAGUUAAAGCCCUUGUUCUUAGAGGAGUCUUUACAUUACGCAGGAGAGAACUGGAGUGGUUUUAUGAGGGUAAAGGAGCAGACAUGCUUUUUCCUGAUUACUGGGAAGACUACAUAAAUUUCAUCCCUGUUGUGGAGCGUGGGGCUGUUAUGGAUGCCUACUACCGUCGGCUAACAUCAGAAGAUGAACAGACCCGUAUUGAAGCAGCUAAGCGGUGGAGUACCUGGGAAAUGGCAACAUCUCAUCUUUAUAUCAAUGAAGAAAAGGUGAAAAAGGCUGAAGAGGAAGCUGUUUGGGCUCAGCAGUUUGCUCGCAUUGAAUGUCAUUACUUUGUUCAUGGAGGAUUUUUGAAAUCACCAAAUCAGCUCAUUGAUGAUGUUGAUAAGAUUAGACACAUCCCUGCCACCAUAGUUCAGGGUCGAUAUGAUAUUGUCUGCCCAAUGGACACUGCAUGGCAGCUGCAUAAGAGAUGGCCAGAAGCCGAAUUUCACAUCACUGCUGAUGCUGGACACAAUGCUCAAGAACCUGCCACAAGAUCCAGAUUGCUGGAUGCUACAGAUAAAUACAAACAUCUUUAG